AUGGCUAGACGGCCAGCUCAGCUGGACUUGAGGUCCGAAUCAGAAAACAGCAUGCGAUUCCCGAGCUUCUCCUUAGGAGACCUUCCCUCUCCGCGGACUGGAGAGAUUCCGCCGGCGCUCUCUCCGCUGGAUGCAUUCGCGCUCCAGUCACGGCUGCUGGCUCAGCGCUUCGAUGAAGAGAAGAAGGCUGGCAGACGGAUGAGCAGGCUACCGCCUAUGGUCGUUUCGGAGGAGCUCUCCCACCGACCUGGAUACUUCCGCUCUGCCUCUGGGGGCUCCGAGAGCGCCGCCGACGAUACACCGGCAAUCGUCGACGAAGACACUACCCCGCACUGCGCGAUUGAGAACACGCAGGAGCGAAGACCGGUUUCUCAUUACCCUUUGAUACAGUCGGAUGAUGGGUCUGUCGGACUGCUCUCAUACCAACAAUACAAGAGCGUGCUAGCCCCGCUACACGAGAGCGGACAAAGCAUCUCCGAGGCUCCUGGAUAUUUUGGCAUUCCCAGGUCCCAGUCGCCCGAAAACUUCAAAAGCCAGGCAAGCAGGAUAGAUGGCCCAGCCCGUGUCCCACCGACUUUGCCAUACAGCACUUAUCCCCCGCAGCAGACACCAAGCGUUCCGCGAAAACUUACCGUAGGCUCAACCGCAUCCUAUGGUCUAGGCAAUCUGGCUCCGCCCAGGUCACCUGGCCUAUCGAGAUCUCCGCGAGUCACACCGAGCAUACGGUCGGUGGCUGGCGAUAGCUCCGACGAUGCUGAGGGCGCGUCGCUCAGCAAUUCAGCAGGCUCGCUCCCAGCGCGAGAUCUUUCUAGCAACACGAGCAUUUCGAGAUCCCACUCGCCAUGCUCUCCUUACAACGCGCCAGUGCAGCGGUCCCCUUCCCUGUCUUCCGAGCACUCCGUGAGUGGCACAGGGCUUCCUCGGCCGGCGUUCAACUUCUCCAGGCCAAUCAGCAGAGCUGGCAGGCCGUCAUUUGAUACAAGGCCAUCCUUUGAAACCAGACCAUCAUUUGACUCGAGGCCAUCAUUCGACGCACCGUCCCGGCAGGCUUCCGGAAGCAGCGCGAAUAUGAGGCCUUCAUUCGAAUUUCCUACAAGGAAAGCAUCCGGUAACAGCCAGGCUACCUCCUGUUCGGAAGAUUCCUUCCACACGUCCGCCAGCGUUUGCAGCGAGGACUACGUGGACGCCCCCGACUCGGAAGAACGUCCGGGCACCUCCUACAUCUACGCCAGUUACUCCUUACCCAGGGGCAAGCGGAUGGAGCGCGAGUCAAUCGACGCCAAGAAGUUCCUCAGCAGCCAGUUCCAGUCAGACGAUCAGCCGCACCCCAGCAGCAGCCGGCGAGGAUCCACAAGACUGAGCUUGACACGGCCACCCUCUCCCCCGACGCCCCAGAAGAUCCCUCCCAGCCCCCGCCAAUCUCCCCAACCACCCCGCCCCUCGCCUUCCCACAGCCCCCACCCCUCCUCGCCCUCAAUCAGCUCGCACACGACAUCCAGCACCAUCAAAGCGCGCCUCGACCGCACCAAGCCCACCUCGGCGGAAAUCACACCAGAGCAGCACCUCGAGAAAGGCAUCCAGAGCCACGAGUCUGGCGACCUGAAGGAAAGCACCUACCACCUACGUCUAGCAGCCAAAGCCGGGCUCCCCACCGCAAUGCUGCUCUACGCGCUCGCCUGCCGCCACGGCUGGGGCAUGCGGCCCUCGCCCGCCGAAGGCGUCACAUGGCUGCAAAAGGCGGUCGACACAUCACAGCUUGCCGUCGCGGACGACGAGGAGGUCGCGGCCUCGCAGUCAGACAACUUCCUCUCGAGGAAAGAACACAAGGCGCGGUUUGCGCUGAGCAUCUACGAGCUGGGCGUCAGCUACAUGAACGGCUGGGGCACGAAGAUGGACAAGGGCCUCGCGCUGAGAUGCUUUGAGAUUGCGGGGAACUGGGGGGACCCGGAUGCGCUGGCUGAGGCGGGGUAUUGCUAUGCGGAGGGGGUUGGGUGUAGGAAGGAUCUGGUCAAGGCGGCGAGGCUGUAUCGCGCGGCGGCGGAGAAGGGCGUCAGCAUGACGGGCAACUCUUGGAUCUACAAGGAAAAGUACAUGGACAAGGCCGACGAUGAUCGAGGCCGUGCGGCGGGCCGCAAGCUGUCGAACGCGGAGAAGAAGAAGCCGCGGGACAAGUCGCGCACGAGGACCAUCUUUGGGCGGAAGAAAUCUACAGCUGCGUAG